GCAGUGGCGUAUGCCUGGGACAGGAAGUAUCACCAGCACAACAAGCAUUGUUUCCGUUUUAUAGUAUUAAAAUGUAUCGAAUCAGACAGUGAAGAUAUUAAACAAAAACUAAUUUCCCCUCUAUCCACGCCUGGGGACAGUUUGCUGGUGAAGCCGGAGGGAUCUGUACACAGCUUGAGAGGAAAAUCUGCCUGAAAGCCUCAAUUCAGGGCUCCGAAUCAGGUCAACGCACAGUAUCUGAACUAGUCCUACAAAUCUGCCAUGGCGUUCCUGGAAGGAGCUGUGUUUGCCAUUUUAAUCAUAUGUUUGUUAUUUAUCACCCGGUUAUAUAUUGUUGUGAAGACGGGAUCAAAGUAUAAACCUGGAACCAAAGGUCCGAUUGCAGUUCUCGUCGUUGCAGGAUCAGGUGGUCACACCACAGAAAUCCUGCGGCUGAUGGAAUGCCUGUCUGCAGCCUACACACCUCGACACUAUGUUAUUGCUGACACUGACAGGAUGAGUGAGGAGAAAAUCUGCACCUUCGAAAGCUCUAAACAACACACGGACUCUGAGUCACAGUUCACCAUCUGUCGGAUCCCACGGAGCCGGGAGGUGCAUCAGUCUUGGAGUUCCUCUGUUGUCAGCACCCUGAAUGCCCUGUGGUACUCCCUCCCUCUGGUGUUCAGACUCAGACCUGACAUGGUGCUGUGUAAUGGCCCAGGGACUUGCGUUCCCUUGUGUGUGGCAGGACUCUUGCUUGGAAUUCUGGGAAUGAAGAAAGUCCUGAUAGUAUAUGUUGAAAGUAUAUGCCGGGUGCAUACGCUGUCGCUCACAGGGAAGAUCCUGUACCCAAUAUCAGACUAUUUCUUUGUGCAGUGGUCUUCUCUGAGGGACAAAUACCCCAAAUCUAUUUUCCUUGGAAAAAUAGUGUGAAAGCAUGUGCUACACAUGGGUGCGAAGUAUAUAUAAUUCAGAAUUAAAUAUGUUGUAAUGUGUGCUGUAAUGAACAUGAAUAAAUACUAAUGUUUUUCAAUUGUUA